AUGGCUCUAGCAGUAUCACAAGCACUUGAAGUCUUCAUUGAGCGCGACCAAAGUCGCGACAACUUGUCCAUCCUCAUGUGCACGGAAGAGGAAGAGGUUCAGGACUAUUUCGACGCCGAGUGGGACGAACAAGAUGUCGAUGGACUGUCACUGAGUCCGAUCGAAAGCGUGGACGCCAUGUGGAGCUCCUUUGUCUCAUCCGAUUCGUCCAGCGUGCUCGGCGGUUGUACGACCCCAGCGACUUCUGCCAUCAACCUUUUGCCUCGUCGGUUGAGUUGUCCGCUGCUCACGUCCAUCGGUGAUGCUCGUCCACUACCGAAGGUGAACUCCAUGCCGCCUCUGUACCGACCUAGCGAGUUAGGCAUUGGCCUCUUUAGUAUCAACGGGGACCCACGUGAUGACAAGAUUCGAAGCUAG